GAUGGAAGGAAAAGUUGGGUUACACCGGCGAGUCCUCGGUGCAGGCAGCCAGCUUCGACUGGGCUAAGAAGGCCUCAGCUGCAGCCUUUGUGGGCGCUAGCGCCUCGGAGCGCAGCCCACAGGUUGCACGUGCGGUCACCCCCUAUGAGUUGAAGAGGGACGUCUAUGCUGACCUGGAGUUCAGCAACGACAUCGGCUACCUGCCCGAUGGCACUCCCAUGAACCGCGCUGGCAACGCGAUCAACCACCCUGAGACCAUUGGCCCCGACAUGCAUACCCCUGGCUCCCCACUGCCCCGCGCCAAGUUCGUCAACUCGGUGGGCUACCUGCCCGAUGGCACUCCUCUCAAUGCGGCCGGUAACGCCAUCAACCAUCCGGAGACCAUGCAGCCGGACCCUCACACGCCAGGCUCCCCGCUGCCGCCCUCCCCCUACAAGGCUGACAUUGGCUACCUGGUGGAUGGCACUCCCCUUGAGACGGCUGGCAACAACUCCGUGAGGGGUGGUGCCAUGCCCGCUCCAGCAGCUUCCAUGCCUGCCCCAGCCCAGGCCCCAGUGGUUGCCGCAGCGUUCGUCGGCUCGUCUGCGGCAUCCCCAUCGAAGGUGAGGCAUGCCGGAAACUUCGCCUACAGCUUCCAGAGGGACUCCUUCGCCAGCCUGGAGUUCAGCAACGACAUCGGCUACCUGCCGGACGGCACCCCCAUGAACCGGGCCGGAAACAACAUCAACCACCCUGAGAACAUCGGGCCGGACAGCCAUGCUCCAGGAUCCCCGCUGCCUGCCGCCAUCUUCGUGAACGACGUUGGCUACCUUCCGGACGGCACCCCAUUGAACAAGGCCGGCAACGCCAUCAACCACCCGGAGAACAUCCAGCCUGACCAGCACACUCCUGGCUCUCCUCUGCCCACUUCCGUCUACGCGCAGGAUGUGGGCUACUUGGUGGAUGGCACCCCCAUGGACAAGGCCGGCAACCUUUCCGUUCAGUGA